CACCCCCAUUGGGCCCUGGGUUCAGGUGUCGCUGAGCCAUGAACUCUGCACGCUGGGGCCCUCCCCCUGCCACGCCCGGACGCCUGGGUCCGCCUGAUGCUGCAGGGCUGGGCAGGGUACCGAAAGUCGGGAAACCAGAACCAGAUCCGUUCCUGGGAGCGCCAGGGGGUCCGGCCAUGUCUCCCCAGGGGUGUCUGAGCGUCACCAAAUAUUUCCUCUUCCUCUUCAACCUCCUCUUCUUCCUCCUGGGUGGUAUCAUCCUCAGCUUCGGCCUCUGGAUCCUAAUCGACCAGCAAAGCUUCGCGGCCGUCCUGGGUUCCUCGCUGUACGCCCUGAAGGUCUGGUCCUACAUCCUGUCCGGAGUUGGCAUCAUCACCAUGCUGAUGGGUUUCCUCGGAUGCCUGGGUUCCCUCAAGGAGAUCAGGUGUAUGCUGGGAUUUUAUUUCGGUUUCCUCUUUCUCCUCUUCGCCGUCCAGAUCACCAUUGGGGUCCUGCUGUAUACGCAGCGUGUCACGCUCAGUGGCAAGGUGCGGGAGUUCGUGGAGGACGCCAUCCGGACCUAUCCCCUGGCAGGACCCCCCGGCGAGAAGCACCAGGGCUGGGACUUCAUUCAGGGGCAGCUCCAGUGCUGUGGCUGGAACUCGUACCUGGACUGGCACCAGAACCCAGUUGUGGACAACUCCUCCCACAUCCUGUACCCCUGCUCCUGUCACAACAGCUCCAGCCCUGGUGAGCGCAGCACCAACACCACCGAGGCCCCGGCCAUGCAGCAGGCCACUGGGUUCUGCACCGCCCAGGGGGACUGGCCGGUCUACAAGCAGGGCUGCGCAAACAGCGUCCAGGGCUGGCUGGCCAAUAACAUCAUCAGCAUCGUGGGCAUCUGCCUGGGCAUCGCCCUGAUGGAGCUCUGUCUCAUGAUGUUAUCGAUGUUUCUGUUUAGAAACAUGGGCCAGAACUACGACAAGCUGACCCGAUACUCCUAGGAAACCCCUCCCGCUCCAGGGGGUGGAGGGAGAGCAGAUGGGCAUGAUCCACCGCCCCCCAACUGGGACCAUCCAGCAUGGGCUGAAGCAGCUUUCUUUCCCUGUCUGUUUGAGCCUUCUUGGCAAGGGGCGGAGCCCCUGGUCUAUUCCCCCCAACCCCGGUGUGUCAUCCCCCACCAUGGCUUGAGCUGUGCUCACCCUUCGGGGCAGUGGCAUAGGGAUGGGGCAGCUAUUUCAUUCUGUCUCUGGGUAUCUAUUAGUGGGGUUUGCUGUAGUAGGGACGGGAAGUGCAAACUGGGAGGGGGGAUUGGGAGAGGUCCUGGUAGUUGUGGGGGGGAAUCAGGGCGGGGCAGGAGGUUGGGAUGUGUGAAUAUGUCUGUGUGCCACUGAAUGUUGUUCUCCUUGGGAGGGGGGGUGGAGAUCUGGGGGAGGGGGGAGCAGGGCAAACUGGUCCUUUCCACUCCCUGCCACUGGAAGGAAGCAGGGGCCCUGGAUGGGAGGCUGGGGGGAUAUUCCCCUCAUCUGUCAGCUGCCUCACCUCUCCCCAGGAAUUUGCAACUUUUGUAAAAUCCACUUUGUAAAUAAAAUAAAAAUGUGGGAUCCCAGCCCUGAAAAA